AUGCAGAGACAGACGUGUGUAUUUCUAGUGAGUGUGCUAGCCAUAUCAGCUAAUGAAGAAUGGCUGCAAGUGAAUACGCCUCAAGGACCAGUGCGCGGACUCAAACAGAUCGACGAAGAUGUGUACGCGUUUUACAAUAUACCCUAUGCUACAGCACCUGUUGGUGUUGACAAAUUCAAGGCACCUCUUCCACCACCAACCUGGAAGAAACCGUUUGAAGCCCUUGACAGGAACAUUGUCUGUCCACAAAACAAAAUAGUUAUUGAAAUGCUGUUAGAAAAGUUGAAGAUGCAGGAAAAUUGUUUAGUUGCCAAUGUUUUUGUGCCAGACACUCUCGAAAAAAACCUUUCAGUCCUCGUAUAUGUUCACGGAGGCGCGUUUUUGAUUGGUUAUGGAAACAUGAAUAAAGGGACACAGCUAAUGAAGUCAAAAGAUAUAAUUAUGGUCACGUUCAACUACCGCCUCAGUGUACAUGGAUUUCUUUGUCUAGGCACUGAAGGCGCUCCAGGAAAUGCUGGCAUCAAAGAUCAGGUAGCUCUGCUGCGCUGGGUGCAAGAAAAUAUCGCCAGUUACGGAGGAAAUCCUAAUGAUGUCACACUGGCCGGUAGUAGCGCAGGGUCUGCUGCAGUCGACCUUAUAAUGCUCUCUAAAUUAGCCAGAGGACUGUUCCACCGAGUUAUACCUGAAAGUGGUGGAAGCCUUGCCGCAUUCGCGGUACAAAGGAAUCCUUUAGAAACUGCUAAGAAUCACGCUAAAAGACUAAAUUUCAGGAAAACCGAAGACACUUAUGCCCUAGAUCUGUUCUAUAGAACAGCUUCGUUGGAUUUAUUGACAUCACUUACGUUGUUCGAUGAGACUGAUUCUACUUUUGUUUUCUCACCUUGUGUGGAGCGUAUCACAGGGACUGAAGCAUUCUUGAUAGAUUCUCCUCUACGAAUACUUAAGAAGGGCAACUACGUGAAGGUACCCAUAUUGUAUGGUUUCUCUAGUAUGGAAGGUCUAUUGCGAAUAGACAUGUUUGAUAUUUGGAAGGAUAAGAUGAAUAAAAAGUUUUCUGAUUUUCUGCCAGCUGACUUAGGGUUUAAAUCUGAUACAGAAAAGGAACAAGUGGCUCAAACUGUGAAGAAGUUCUACUUUGGCAAGGAACCGGUACAUAGAGAGACAAUUUUUGGAUAUAUCGACUUUUUCUCCGAUGUUCUAUUUACUUAUCCUAUGCUUCGCGCUGUUAAGUUGCAUGCGGAGGCUGGACAUCAUGAAGUAUAUUUGUAUGAGUACACAUUUUCGGACAAUGGAAGUACUACAGACAGCCAUAGUAUAAAACGAAGUGCCGAACAUGGUGCUCAGUCGAUGGCGUGGUUAGAUAAUAUGAAUGGCAAAAGUGAGAGCUUGUCGACUCCUGAGUAUCGGAAUAUGAGGGCUAUUGUUCGUGAAAUUUGGCACAGUUUUAUUGUAUCUGGUAAGCCCGUGCCUGAAGAUUCAGUUUUGCCUGAAUGGCCCGCUGCUGGUGCAGGGAGGGCGCCCUACUUGUCCCUAGACCUUAACGUCCAGCUGCACAACAUGUACGUGGAAGCAAGUACCAAGUUUUGGGACGGCAUCUACCAGAAGUACUAUAGGGAUGCCUCACCACCACCAGCGCCAAACAAUGUCAUUCCUAAACCUUACUCAUACAACAAUUCUUUGGAAUUUUUUUCUUAUUAA